UAUUAUUGUCCCUGUUGUAAACUUGUAGUAUUAUUUUCCCUGAUGUAAACGUGUAGUAUUAUUGUCAUCGACAUGUUCUUAUACUUUUCAUGUUUAACUUCACUAUAUAAUUUGACAACUGCUGGAGAUAAUGUGGAGAGUCGGUGGAACUUCUCAACUAUGUACCGUAUCGGUAAGCCAAUAACUUGGGAGAAUCCAAGAGUUUUACUUUCGUUUUCGGUCUGACGACAGGAGGCUCUGUUCCAGGUUCUGCGCCAUGGACACGUCUUUAGAGUACCUAAAGUCCUGGGUUAUGUGGCCUUUGGAUCUCAUUAGCAGACCAAUCAAACAACCCAUUAUUGGCAUUGUUCUCGGAUGGGCGUUCAUGUGGAUUCUGCUGCAUAUUGGAAACACUAUUUUGAUGUAUUUGGCGAUAUUUAUCAUUGUCUUUCUGGUUUCAGAAAAGUGUGGGUUCAUCACCAUCCAUUUUGAAAAGUUGACAAGAUACCUGAAUAUAAAGAGAUAUGUACAAGACAAAACAAGGAAUACGAUUCCAAGCUUGCUGGAAACUAUCCAAGGCUUCCUUGUAACUCACUGGCUGUUUUCCAUUGGAUUUGCUGUUGGACUCGUGGCUGGGAUAACGUUUUGAUGGCCGGUGUUUAACCUGGUGUAUUCUAAAGUAACCAUGCAGCUACAUAUACCUGAUAUUUAUUCAUAAAUUAUUUAUAUGCAUGAAUUGCGGACAGUAAUCGUCAGCGUUUCGUAAUUAAUUUUUAGGUGGAAUGGAUUUGAUCCACGUUUUAAUUGAUAAACUGUUGAGGCGAAGGACAUAUCCAAUGAUUGUUCAGUUACCUUUUCCUCAUAAUAAACAAUCGAAAUCAAAGUGUUUUGUGUGAACGAAAUCCAAAUGUUUUCCUGCUCAGAAUAAAAAGACGACUACGAAUCCU